UCCCACGCGCCAUAUAGCUGAUGAGGAAAUUGAGAAGAACUGAAAAAUCCUCCUCAUUCCUCUUUGAUCUGUGAAAUUAGAGACGAAAUCACUCAGUUUCUGACAUUCUCGGAAACCCCAAUCGGGAACGAUGCAUGAUUUCUGCUUCACUAUUCCUUAUGGAUUGAUUUUGGUGGGUGGUGGCAUUUUUGGCUACCUCAGGAAGGGGAGCACAGCGUCGCUGGCUGGAGGUGUGGGUAUUGGAUUGGUUUUGAUUCUAGCAGGAUAUUUGAGCCUUGGAGCUUUCAAGAAGAAGAAGAACUCCUACCUUGCUUUGAUUCUUGAAACAGUAUGUGCCACUGCGCUCACGUGGGUUAUGGGACAGCGAUAUUUGCAGACUUCUAAGAUCAUGCCGGCUGGAGUUGUUGCUGGAAUCAGUUCUCUCAUGACUUUAUUCUACUUGUACAAGCUCGCAACUGGUGGCAACCAUAUUUCUCCCAAGGCUGAGUGAUGAUUUCGAUUACUUACUUUGAUACUUGAUAUAGAAAAUGCAUUGGAUCACACGAAAAACUCGAACGAUGUUUUAAUGCACUGAUUUGCUGUUUAUUGCUAACUCUGUGAAUGUUGACAUAUAAACUGAAUGAAUGUUCGUUAGUGAUUAUGAACAAGUUGGGGUUAAAAGCUUACAGAGUUCUUGUUUCAAGUAUAUCGUGUUUUAUCGG